AUGCUGUUGUACACUGUUCUCCUAGUUAUCGGAACAUCGAGCGUUUCAGCUGCUAGAUAUCGAAGAGCUCUUGAUGGGCUUGAUGGUAAUGGUUUUGGAUUUGAUAAAAGGUUUGUCUGUCCUCUUUUUUGAGUUGCAUUAUUUCUCAACAAAUACAUUUUUCAGAGCUUUGAAUUCAUUAGAUGGAGCAGGAUUUGGAUUUGAGAAAAGGUAGGAAUAAAAUCGAAUUCUACAAAAAUGAGCUCAAUUUUUUUCCAGAGCACUCAAUUCAUUGGACGGAGCCGGCUUCGGAUUUGAAAAACGUGCACUUGAUGGUCUUGAUGGUAACGGUUUUGGUUUCGACAAGAGAGCUUUGAAUUCACUUGACGGGGCUGGAUUCGGAUUUGAGAAACGUGCUCUUGAUGGUCUUGAUGGAAAUGGAUUUGGAUUCGAUAAGAGGUUAGAUUGAAGUAAAACAAAAAAUAGUUGUUCAAAUAAACUUGAGUUUUUCCAGAGCUUUGAACUCUCUUGAUGGUGCUGGAUUUGGAUUUGACAAGAGAGCUUUGAACUCGCUUGACGGAGCCGGUUUCGGAUUUGAAAAACGUGCUCUUGAUGGUCUUGAUGGAAACGGUUUUGGAUUCGACAAAAGAGCAUUGAAUUCUCUUGACGGAGCUGGAUUUGGAUUUGACAAACGUGCUUUGAACUCGCUUGAUGGUGCUGGAUUCGGUUUUGACAAACGUGCUCUUGAUGGACUUGAUGGAAACGGUUUCGGAUUUGAUAAACGCGCCUUAAAUUCUCUUGAUGGAGCUGGAUUUGGUUUUGAUAAGCGAACACUGAAACACACUAACAAGCCACACUCAAAACCAUCAAAGAGUUUGAAACAACAUUAA